GGUGACUUCAGUGAAAGUGAAACUGGAAACGUCUUCACACAACGUUUCUUUUCAGAAACUGAAAUUAACAGUCAAAUCUGAUAUUCACUCACAGUCAUGGCAUCCUCCAGUGGUCCAGCACUUAACGAGGAGCUCCAGUGCUCCAUCUGUCUGGAAGUGUUCACUGAUCCAGUCACCACUCCAUGUGGACACAACUUCUGCAGAACCUGCCUGAUCAAGUGCUGGACGCACACACAGACCUGCUUCUGUCCAUUCUGUAAAGAAACAUUCAGCAAAAGACCUGAUCUCAAGAUUAAUACAACACUCAGAGAGGUUGUGCAACACUUUAAGGAGAAGCUCAGUCUAGGAGAAUCUGAGGGGUUCUGUGACAUCUGUGAUGAAAGAAAGCAAAAAGCUGUGAAGACCUGCCUGACAUGUCAAAGCUCUUACUGUGACUCUCAUCUGGAGCCUCAUCGCAGGGUCCCACGUCUAAACAAACACACACUGAUCAAUGCUGUGGAAAAUCUGGAGGAUUAUAUAUGUCAGAAACAUGAGCGACCUCUGGAGCUGUUCUGCAGAGAUGAUCAGACAUGUGUUUGUCUGUUCUGCACUGAAGGAGAACACAGGACUCACAACACUGUUCCUUUAGAGGAGGAGAGUCGAGAGAAGAAGAAUCAGCUGGUUCAGACACAGACAGACAUUCAUCAGAUGAUCCAGGACAGAAUGAAGAAGAUUCAAGAGAUCCAGCACUCAGUAAAACUUAGAAAAAGAAACACAGAGGAAGAGAAAUCAUCCAGUGUUGAGCUCUUCACUGACCUGAUCCACUCCUUUGAGAGAUGUCAGUCUGAGCUGCUGAAGAUGAUGGAGGAACAGCAGAAAGCAGCAGAGAAACAGGCUGAAGAUCUCAUUAAUGAGCUGCAGCAGGAAAUCACUGAGCUGAGGAAGAAAAACACUGAGCUGGAGCAGCUCUCACACAUUGACGAUCAUCUGCACAUCCUACAGAUGUACUCACCCCUGUGCAGUUAUCCGCACACCAAGAACUGGACUGAGAUCAGGAUUGACUCUGAUGUGAAUGUGAACUCGCUGCAUAGAGCUCUGACACAACUGAAGAAAACUCAAGAGACACUAAAUGAAAAACUCAGUCAAACUGGGUUGAAGUGGGCUCAGAAGUAUGCAGUGGAUGUGACUCUGGAUCCUGAUACAGCGAAUCCAUAUCUCAUCCUGUCUGAUAAUGGAAAACAAGUCAGUCAUGGAGACACUGAGCAAGACGUCCCAGAAAACCCAAAGAGAUUUUCUGAGGGUCUAUGUGUUCUGGCAAAGGAGGGAUUCAGUUCAGGGAGAUUUUACUAUGAGGUGCAGGUGAAGGGAAAAACUAAGUGGGUUUUAGGAGUGGCCAGAGAAUCCAUUGACAGGAAGGGGGGGGUCACACUGAGUCCUGAGGAUGGAGUCUGGAUUCUGGGUCUGACUGAUGACAAUGAAUAUAUAGUUUGUGAUAAUCCAUCUGUCUCUUUCCCUCAGAGUGAGAGACCUGAGAAGAUGGGUGUGUUUGUGGAUUAUGAGGAGGGUCUGGUCUCUUUUUAUGACGUGGGCUCCAGCUUUCAUAUCUAUUCUUUCACUGGUCAGAAUUUCACUGAGAAACUCUAUCCAUACUUUAACCCAGCCGAUAAUGAUGAAAGUAAAAACUCAAGUCCACUGGUCAUCUCACCGCUCAGUUAAACCUGGAAAGAUUAUGAACCAUGAAAUGCCUAAAUGAGAUAUUCAUUUACACAAAUGGAAGCUCAUUUCUAUAAAUAUUUAAAUUUUUUUACUUGGUGUGCAGAUAUUGUAAAGGCAAAAUAUGUAAAUUUUUUUGGAUUGAAAUAUCCAAAAACCCCUAGAACAGUGUUAUAUAUUUUGUUGACUUGUGUACUUAAAUUAUCCCAAAUGCUUCCAAGAAUGUUUAAAUCGAGAGAAAUAAGCAAUUUGAACCAGGACUCGAACCGUGUCCGUGCAUCCCCUAUCAAUGACAUCAUACCCGUGUUACCCUCGUUUUCCGGUUUUAUUUUGUAGAAAACAUGGAAACACCAAAGACGCUUUAAUAUAUUACGUGCUUUAUUAGACAGGUGAGCAACUGUUUGGAUAUAUUCAUCGACAGAAAACUAAUCAUGUUUUAUAGCUCAACACAGCAAGUCUUAUUGUUUGAAUCUUGUUUCCUUGAUUUACAAGUGUCUAUAUAACAACUUUAAAUACAUGUAACGACACAAUUAUUUGUCAUAUUUAACAAAUAAUCUUUAAAACUCACUCUGGGGUCUCAGUUACCAUGGACACCAUAUGAUAAGGCUUAGUUUAUUGCCAAGAACUAUGUAGCCACGUGGAAAAGCAGAGGCCAUAGAAAACCCAUAGCCCUCAAAACAGACUUUCCUGCAUUAAUUUAUAGAUGAACUGAUUUAUAAAUGAACAUGCAUCCCAGGACAUUGUGUUUAUGAUUAUGACUGUUUUAAGAACCAAUGGUUAAUGUAAACUCACCUAAACUAAUAAAAUGGUGCCUAUGA